AUGACGUCAACAAUGACAACGCGCGUGCUCGAGUUCGACUCUCUUGAGGCGUACCUCUUUUGGGAGGAGAAUUGCAUGAUCAUCUCACCGGGGGAAACGAGUUUCAUUGUUAUUGGAGUCAUAGGUUGCUCCGUGGCCGGCCUAAGUGUCGUCUUCAACACGUUUCUCUUUUGGUUGUUGAUGAAAAAUCGAAAGCAUCGAUCAUCUCAUCUUCUCUAUUUGACUUUUCUUGCCGCUUUUGACAUUUUCGUGUCUAUUGCCUACAUUUUACUCUUCCCAAUCAACAUCUACGUUGACUACUUUGAGAGUGUCGUCCUGGCGAAUGCGUGGUACACUUACAUGCCAUUAACCCUGUCGAUCAGCCAUGUGAUGAUGACCGCGUCAGCUCUAUUAAUUGUGGCUGCAGCUUUUGAGCGAUUUGUGACGAUAUCGAAAAUUCGGACACAGUUUGCGAAGAGAAACCGCUAUUUGAUCUCGAUCCUCUGCCUGAUUUUUGCCAUAUUCCCAAAAGCGCCCAUGUUUUUUGAGAUUGAGGUAGUUAAAAACUUCAAUUGCACGGGUGCGAGUCAAUGGCGACCGAAUCAAAUCGAUUGGAUCGAGUCGGAAACCCUACAGACUUUGUAUAAGUUCUGGUUCCGGAACAUUGUCAUCACGUGUCUCCCAUUUUUUCUCUGUUUCUAUCUGAACAUCCAAAUCAUUCGUCGUCUUCGUCUCCAACACCAGGGUGCUAAACUUUUUCGAUUCGCUACUUCAGAGCACAGGCAAAACAUCCGCGCCGCCACGUUGAUGUUGGUUUGUGUGACGUGCUCGUAUCUGGCCUCAAAUCUACCCAAUGUCAUUUUGUACAUCUUGGAAAUGUUCGAUAUGGAUUUCCUCUGGGAUCCAGCCAUUCGACCCUAUUAUUCCUAUGUGAGUGAUCUGGUUUCUCUGCUCACCGUCACCUCAUGCUUUCUCCGAUUGCCUAUCUACUAUGCAUGCAACGCGCGUAUCCGAUCCGAAGUCCUGGAAGUCUUCGACAAUUGGCUCAACUUCUUCAGUCCGCAAAGUCUGCACGGGAUCAAAGCUAAACGUCCUCGUCCCAACACGACCGUUCGAUAUUGUCCCACCGAUCAAGGCUUCAUGAUCUUCGAGAAAACGGCGUCAAGAAGGGGCGAUUUAAAGCCGAAAUGCUAUGGAACUGGAUUGGAUAAGGUAGUGCUUUCUGUAGCUUUGACGGGCAUGGAUGGCGCGUUGCGACGAGCGAGCGCGCAUGCGAGACUCGGAGAUGCUCAAGAGGCGACUGACAUGGAUCUGCUAAGGCCGGUUUUCUACGAUCGCCGACAAUCCGAUCAAUAUUCU